AUGAGUGGCACUGGUGAAAAAGAUAUUUAUAGAGAGACCUGGAUUCGUUAUUUAGGUUAUGCCAACGAAGUGGGAGAGUCCUUCCGUUCACUUGUGCCCAACUCAGUUGUUCGUGCCAGCUAUACAGUAGCCACUGCAUACACUUUAGCUGACACUGUUGACAAGAGUUAUAAAAUGUAUCGGAAAGAUGGCCGUCCAAAAAGUGUUUUGAUAGAAACAGGAGAUGCCUUAAUCUGGCAGACACUGGCAUCGAUUGUUAUACCUGGUCUCAUUAUUAAUAGGUUGUGUGCUGCAUCGCGUUAUGCUUUAACACACGCAGGAGUAGGUUGUACCGCCCGCAAUUGGCUCUCAGUGGGUAUCGGUCUUGCUUCUAUUCCAUUUAUUGUCCAUCCCAUAGAUAAUGGGACCACUCUGUUUAUGGACGAAACGUAUCGAAAAUGGGUUAAACCAUAA